AUGACAAAGGUGUACCCGGAGGAACAACAAGUAGCCAGUAAGAAUCAUGUGGUGUUGUUAACCGUAUGGAAGAAAUCUCUACUCUACAACUGCAAUGGAUUUACGGUGAUUGAUUCCAACGGUAAUCUGGUCUAUCGAGUAGACAACUAUGCCGCCCAAGGAAAAAAUGAUGAGAUCGUUCUCAUGAAUGCUUCUGGCCGCCCUCUAUUCACUGUUCAUCGCAAGAGGUUAAGCUUAUCAGACAACUGGCUAGUGUAUGAAGGAGACAGCAUGGUUAAACCUCGGUUUUCAGUAAAGAAGCAUAUGAACCCUCUCAACACCACUUCCCUUGCUUCCAUAAGCACAAUUGGAUUUUCAAAUAACAAGAAUGCUAGUAUUAUUUACGAGGUUGAACGAUCAUACACUAGGAAAUGUUGUGUGAUGUAUGAUGAUAGGCGGCGUUGUGUAGCUCAAUUCAGGCUUAAGGAAACAAAUGGAGGGGUUGCACUCGGUGGAGAUGUUAUCCAGUUGAUUGUAAAUCCAGCUGUAAUUGAUCCUGCCAUUGUCAUGGCCAUGGUAAUUGUCUUGGAUCAAAUGUUUGGUUCCUCAAGACACUUUUGUACUUAA